AUGGGUCCUAAGAAGAAGGGCACCGCUGCAAUUAAGAAGGCGCCCAAGCGACCCAAGGGCAGCGGCGGCGGUUCCAAAGUCAGCAAGCCAAGAAAGCAGGCCGACGCCACUUCUACAACCAACCAUCAAGAAGAGUUGGGCGGUUCUGACGAGGAAUCCGACAACGGACCGUAUUGCAUCUGUCGCGGCCCCGAUGACCACCGCUUCAUGAUCUCGUGCGACGUCUGCGAGGACUGGUUCCAUGGGGAGUGCAUUAAUAUUGCCAAGGACGUAGGCGAGAACCUUAUCGAGCGCUUCGUCUGCCCCAACUGCACCGACAUCGAGAGGAAUGUCGUCAGCCUUUUCAAAAAGAUUUGCUCGUACGGAAAAUGCGUCAAGGCGGCGCGCCUCUACGGUGACGGUGAGAAGAGCGCCUUCUGCUCCGACGAGCACAAGCAGUUGUGGUGGGAGAAGGCCAUCGCUUCGCUGCCGAAGAAGUCCUCGAAUAAGAACACCCAAGACGGGCUGGUGCAAGAGGAGCUCAUGGGUCUCUUGAACAGCAAUCUCGCUGGCGUCGAUCCGGACGAUGGCCAGUGGAAGGUCCAAACCCGCCCAUUCGCCCCGCCGGCUACUGGAGCUGAAAGCCCCGAGGCCAAGAGUAAGACUCUCACGCCCGGAGUUCUGACUGAGGAGGAAGUGAACAUCCUCAAAGCCUCUGCCGCCGAGCGCUACAAGAUGGGCGAGGAGGUCGUCCUCUGCCAGAAGAUGCUGCAGCUCCUCGACUGGGCCAACGACCGGCGCAAGUCCCUCAUCACAUCCAAACACUUCGAUGACGCCGCGUGCGGCUACGACUACCGCCUCGACCAGGUUGGUGUCGUCGGCCCUUUCGCGAACUGGCUCAACUCGGACGAGGCCAAGGAGAUCUUUAAGGCGGGCAACCUUGACGUCGGCAGCCAGCUGAGUGGCGACGACAAGAACAUCUGCGACAAGAAGCGCUGCAAGGCGCACCAGGGCUGGUUCUCGAUCCACACUAGAGAUGUGCGAUACCAGAUGAAGCUGCUUGCCAUGGAUGCGAACAAGAAGCUCGACAAGGAGCGGUUGAUUAAGCAGUCGGCGGCGGAGCGGAAACUGAGGAAGGAGGCGGAGAAUAACUACGUCCAGACUGUUCUUCCCGAUGGCACUCUCGGCCCGCCCAAUGCUGCGUGA